CACAAUAAUAAAGUCUUUUUGAUUACAUUUGUACAUUUUUGAGUGUACAAUUUUUUUACCAUUUAUCCGAUUCCCUAUUAUUGACACUGUUUGGUAUUUUGAAAAAAAACCCUUUGAAUAUGAGUUUGAAAAUGAUUCAAAAUUUUCCCAGUGGCAACGUUUACAGUUGAACAGUUGAUUUAAUUUUUUUAAUUUACACUGUGAAAGAUAUGAGCAAAGUAAUUAUCAUGUUAAUCAUCAUAACAAAUCUACCUUUUGAUUCAGAAGGAGCAUUGGAGUGUGGAUUACGACAAAGUGCUCGUGCUAAAGCAAAAAGACGGACUACAAGAGAGGCCAGUUUGAAUAAUAGUGUUCAUUCACAUUUGGUUCGUGAAAGUGACAUGGAAAUAGAUUUGGAAGUUGAUUUGCAAAGUUCAUCAAAUGGUACUUCAGAUGGUCAACCUUUUGCCGCAAUAGUUGGUGGCUCAUAUGCAGUUCCAGGUGACUUUUGCUGGCAAUGUUCAUUAACUCUAAAUGGACGAGCACAUUGCGGAGCAACUAUAAUCAAUGAACGAUAUGUGCUUUCUGCUGCUCAUUGUUUAACCGGUCCAGGUAAACUUGCAGUUAGAGCUGGAGGUUUGUUUUGGUAUAGUGGAGUAACUUAUCCAGUCUCUCGGAAAAUUGUUCAUCCUGGUUACAGUUCAACCUUAAUGAAUGAUGAUAUUGGAUUGCUUGAGCUGGCUGAACCCAUACGCUUUACCAGUGGAACUCGCAAUGGGAAUGGCGCUAUUUGCUCUGCUUGCCUGCCUGAGCAAGGCCAAGAAUUUACUGGUAAUUCAAUUGCAUCCGGAUGGGGAGCAACACGCGAAGGUGGCUUUAAAUCGGAUAAGAUGAGAUGGGUUCAAUUGGCUUUACUUCGAUCGGACGUUUGUGCUAAAGCAUAUCCUCACUAUAGGUCGAAAACUGAGAUAUGUGCAGGAUUUGUGACCGGAGGACGAGAUACAUGCCAGGGUGACUCGGGUGGACCUUUGGUUAAAUUUGCAAAAAUGAAUCCAGAAGACAAAGAGAAAAGAUCAUUUGUGAUUGGAAUUGUUUCAAACGGAAACGGCUGUGCAAGAGCUGGUUAUCCAGGAAUUUACACUAAAGUAUCAGAAUAUGUCAAUUGGAUUCAAAGUCAUAUGAAAAAAGGGUGAAAGUUAUUGCCAACAAAUAAAAUCAUCGUAAUUGAUUUAUUUUUUGAUCAUUUACUAACGUGUCUAGUUUAUUAAUGAUGUGAAUCAACAAAAAUAUAUCGCGUUACAAAGAGCUAAAUUUAGUUACUGACCGUUCAUUUUCAAUUAAACAAAUUACAUUGUAAUUGAUUGAAAUUUUCAAAAAAAAUUGUGAUAAAAAUACCUAAAAAUAUGAAAUAGUGAAUUAAUAAUAAACAAUUGAUUCAUUCUUGUUAUACCAAUCAUUGAGUAACGCAACAAACUUGGAUCUUUUCAUCAAAAUUUCUUGCUCUAUAAACUGACCAACAUUUUCAGACCUCCAUUUACAUAACAUUUUAGGCCCAUUGUUAGAGAGAUACAUUGGAGGGAUACUAAAAACAG